AUGGCGGACAAUUCUACAUUCCCGUUCACGAUAACGGAACAUGUUAUCGAUGGACAGCAUAUUCGGGAGUAUCCGGAUGCUACCGUUGACGGAAGCUCAUCCCUGAAGCUUGUCUUGAAGAAAUACACCCCUGUCAAUAACCCCAAUCCCCAGCCCGGUGACGUAACAAUAAUUGGGGCUCAUGGAUGUGGAUUUCCAAAGGAGCUAUAUGAGCCACUAUGGGAAGACAUACUCUCCCGGAGCGAACAAGACGGUUACAGAAUCCGAUCUAUAUGGAUAGCCGAUGUCUCGAACCUUGGUGCUAGCAGCAUUCAAAAUGAGAAAGUUCUCGGAAAUGAUCCAUCAUGGCUGGACCACAGUCGCGAUCUACUCCACAUGAUCAACAAAUUCCGCGAUGAGAUGCCACAGCCUAUUGUAGGUGUGGGACAUAGCAUGGGUGCAGGACAACUUGUUCUUCUAUCACUUCUUCAUCCCCGUCUCUUCACAUCCUUAAGCCUCGUCGAACCUGUCAUCGCACCAGACAUAAUAACGGGUAAAGGUCCCCUCUUGUCCAUCGUUUCACUAAAGCGCCGCGACACAUGGAAAUCCCGAUCUGCAGCCAUCGAAGCCGCGCAGAAAGCGCACAAAAAAUGGGACAAGCGUGUUCUCGACAGAUGGAUUCUUCAUGCAUACCGUGAUCUCCCAACAUCCACAUCAACUCAAUCGACCAACUCCGAAGCAAUCCCAACCGAUAAUCCCGUCACGCUUACCAGCUCAAAAUACCAAGAGGUACUGCAGUACCUGCGACCAAACCCAUCCAGUCAUUUAACCCUGGGCGAGGAACCACAAGAAACACCGGAUACUCCUCCCCAUGAUCCUCUUCUCUAUCCCGAUAUCAUCGGGGACCCCGAAACCACAAAUCGAUUCUAUCGCUUUGAGCCAAUCUUCGCAUGGAAAAUGUUAAAGCAUGUGCGUCCACCUGUACAGUACGUAUUGGGAAAGAGCAGUCCCAUUUUCUCAACGGAGAAUCGUACAAAGAUGGUUGAGCGCACAGGAAGGGGAAUUGGUGGAAGUGGCGGAGUUCGCGCUGGACGGGUGGAACAGAAAAUCAUUAAGGGCUCUCAUCAGCUACCUUUGGAGCAGGCAACUGAGACAGCUAGUGCUGUUGGUCCUUGGAUCAGCAAGUCUAUUCGGAUUUGGGAGGAGGAUGAGGUGCGAGUUGCUGAAGGGUGGGCUCGUCAGCCUUUGGAUGAGAGAUUGAAAGGCAUGUCGGGCUGGAUUCCUGAGUUGCAGAAGAUGAUGGAAGGGGAUACGCCCAGAAGAGAUUCGAGGCUUUGA